AUGAACGCACGGGAGAUCUCGUUGGGAAUCGCGAUCGUGCUGCAGUUCGGCAUCGGGGUGUCCCAGAACGGAUUCCUCUUCCUUUUUUAUACCCUCACGUUCGCUUCCGGCCACAAGUUCAGCUCCGCCGACGCGAUCCUGGCCCACCUAGCCUUGGCCAACACCAUGGUCCUCCUCGCUCUCGGAGUCCCAGAGACCCUGUCGGCGUGGGGACGGAGGAACUUCCUGGACGACGUCGGAUGUAAAAUCCUCGUGUACCUGUACCGGGUGGCCCGGGGCCUGGCCAUCUGCACCACCUGCCUCCUGAGCGUCUUCCAGGCCGUCACCCUCAGCCCCGGCACCUCCCGGUGGGCCCGGAUCAAAGCCAGGUUACCCGGGUACGUCUUUCCCUCCUGCCUCCUGUCCUGGGCCCUCAGUCUGCUCCUAGAUUUUGAUACCCUGCUGUACGUGAAAGGCCCGGGGAACAACGACAGCGCUCGGCUCCUGCUGGACCUCAAAUACUGCACCGAAGUCAUCGCGGAAACCACCUUGGUCAUUUCGAUUUUGGUCUCCCUGCGCGACGUGUUCUUCGUGGGGCUGAUGAGCGUGGCCAGCGGCUACGUGGUGUUCGUCCUGCACGGGCACCACCGGCGGGUCCGGCGCCUCCGCGCGCCCGGACGCUCCCCCGGGGCGACGCCCGAGGUCCGGGCGGCCAAGAGGGUGGUCGCCCUGGCCGCCCUCUACGUCCUCCUCUACGGACGACAGACCAUCACGAUGAGCGUUUUGGUGAACUUGAGCGAAAAGUCACCUCUGCUGGUGAACGGUCACCUGGUUUUUUCCCUCACCUUCUCGGCCGUGAGUCCGUUCCUGAUGAUUCACAGCGACAGGAGAAUCGGGACCUUCUGGAAGAGGGGAUCUGCAGCUUCCCACGUGGAUCCCUCACGGCGUUCCGGGGAAGCCGCCUGCCUUCCUAACGUGAGUCCCAGUAGAAAGAGGGGACCAGACGUCCCCAUCUGGGUGAUGCCCUCUGUCUAUUCGUGGGGCUGGGUGACCAUUCAGCUUCCUUUGUGA